CGACUCUGGCUUAAGCAGGAUUCCACGGUAACUAUCAUAGUUAAUUGAGUGAGUUUUAAAUUUGGUUACUCAUGUGGUGAAUUGAAAUGACCAAAAUUUCAAAAUGCUUCUCUACUCUUGGCAGCUAGACUUUAGUGAUAACUUGAAAAAUGUUGACCAGGAAGUUACCCAGGACCUCAGAUUUCCAGUCUUACUUCCACCCACCAGCUUCGGUUUUCUGGACUGUGUAACAGAGAUAGCCAUUCUGGUUUCAGGUGGAGUUGAGAGAAAACAGGAUUUGCACCAGAAGCUUUAACAGCAAAUAGCUUCCAGUUGACACCUGGUGUCAGCAUUGUGGCUGUGGAAACAGUGCAGCAGGAUCCCUCAGCAUUAGGAGAGAGGAAAGGUCAGAGACGUCUUCCAGAGGAAACGGUCUUUACGCAAAUUCUUGAAGAAGAGGUAAGAAUUAAAUGAAGAAUUAUCAGGGGCAGAGGAAACAGCAUGUGUGAAACCUAGAGGUCAGAGCACCCCUCCAAGUGAUGGUUGGGUUCCCGGAACACAGACUGACACAGGACUUGGUGUAGGAAGCUUGCUUGAGAGAUGAUGCCAGAAAGUAGAAUGAGAAAGUGGAAAAAUGAGACAAGACCAGUGAAGGAUGUGUUGAUGAGCCUGUUAGCAUGGUGGGCAACUGGAGUUAUCCCAUGGGGUCUCCCCAAGGAAUAAUUUAGAAGGGGCCUCAGAAUUGUACCCCCAGAGGACAGGAAUGCUGGGACUUGGAUACACAAACUCCUUCACCUAUUGGUGGGAGGUGCUCGUGGGAGAAUGACCCCCACAUUCAGAUUUUCUGAAUUGUGCAAGAGGCUUCCUUGAAAGCCUGCAGUAGCAAAGCCAAGGGAAGCCACCCCAAGUUUGAUGAGGGAUGCUGGCAAGGUGCAUGAGUGUUUGGUGAAAUUAGGUGGGCCAAGGGGGUGUGAUGCAUUCCAUCAGGUCUGCUAUAGGUGGGUGGCUUGGGCACUAAAUACCUCUCACCAUCAUUUAUUUGGUUUGGCCUGAAGUAUUCAUGCACAUACACAAAAAAUUUCCCCCAAGAAUGAAAAAAAAAUGUAACAUGCUUCAUUUCCCUUUUUUUCCUCCCCAAGCUUUAUCAAGAAAUAAUUGACAUCUAACAUUGUGUAAGUUUAACACAUACAGUCUGAUAUAUGUGUAUAUUGCGAAAGAAUUACCAUAAUAAGGUUAGUUAGCACAUCCAUCACCUUUGAUUUGAAACGGUGAUUUUUAUUUUUUUAAAAAUUCAGAUUCUUGAUUUUUCUUGAAAAAGAUUGCAAUAGGGCCUUACCCCUUCAAGCACAGUGGUCACUCUGCCCACAGGUGAGUAGAGUGUGGUUCCUGCAGGCUUUUGAGUUUGUGAGCUGCUAGCGUAGGGUAGUUGUGGAAUGAGGGAAGAUUGACAAGGCUAGAAUUUUGAAUAAGCAGGAGAAAGAGAAAGGAGGGAGGAGAAAGGGCUGAGAGGUGAAAAUUAAGGCGCGUUUGGAGGAGGCCUGCCUGGGCAGUUCCUAGCACAAGUCCAGCUAAUAAUAAAGUGGAAUGUCGAUUCCCUAAACUAGGUGAUGGAUACCUGAGAGUUUGUUAUACUAGUCUCUACUUCUGUAUGUUUAACAUUCCCGUAAUAUAAUUUUUAGAAAUGGAGAGGAAGGGAUCAAGAGAUUUCUAAGAAUGGAAAGGAAAAAUGGAGUCUUGGGAAGGUCAGUGCUAGAGAUGCCACCACUGAAAAUUCUAAUUUUUGCAAGAAGGCAGCUAAAUAUACUUUUAAGAAUAGUUUCUUGAUUUUUAGAGAGAGAGGAAGAGAGAAGAGAGAAACAUUGAUGUGAAAGCACAACGUCAAUUGGCUGCACACUCCCCACCAUGGAUGGAGGCAGCAACCCGGACAAGUGCCCUGACCAGGAAUCCAACCAGCAACCUUUUGGUGUAUGGGACGACAUCCAUCCACCCGAGCCACUCCAGGCAGGACCAGGCAGCAGUAUUUCAUAUACCUCCCUCCAAAAUGAGAGACAGGAUCCAAGGUUGCUAAGAGACCACCUGCGCUGAAUGCACUUUGUUCUAGCAAGAGCAGACAGAGAGGAAACCAAAGAGCCCUGUUAUCUGCCACAACCUGGGAUUGAGUCAGGAAGCAGGAUCAUUCUGGAUAUGACAUCUAAAAACUGGAUAUUAAUUUCUACUACUACCCCCACAAAUCUGGAAGAUGAAAUUGUGGGAACAAUUCUAAAAAUUUUGUUUGUUAUCUUUGUUGACUUAAUGUCUAUUAUUUAUGUUGUUGUAACUUCUUAAAAGUUUAUAAAUACUGGUAACAGUAUUUAUAAGUAAAUUUCAUAUUGAAUUCCUGUGAAUAAAAAUUUGUAGUUUAA